UUGAACUCUCUUCUCUCUUUCUCUCUCUCGGUGGUGGGGUUAAGGCCUUUUUUUUUAAUGAAAUUGGCUUCUUCAUUUCUCAGAUUCUGCUAAAGGAAUUGGCUUUUCUACUUCAAAAGUCUUUUUUUUUAUUAUAAUCAUCUUCUUUAAGCUCUUCUUCGUUUUUUUUUUUUAAUUUCCCGACUUCGAUCUCUCUGUUUAAUUAGUAUUCUUUCGUUACCUCUCCUCUUCUUCUCAGAUCUUGGAUUUGACCAUCUAGAUCGUUGACCUUCUCGAGUUUGUGUUCGUAUAGAGGCUUCACAAAAAAAAAAAAAAAAAAAAAAAANAAUCCGACCUUUUUCCGGCGAAAAGCUCGAGACUUUAGAGUUUCUUAAAGGGUUUUCAAUUUGGUGUUUUUGGUUUUGGGAGGGGGUUGAUGAUGUUGACCCAAUUUGUUGGGCUGUGAAAGUACUUAAAUGGAACUGAUUGUCACAAGACAAGAACAAGAACAUCAUCAUCAUCAUCAUCAUCAUCAACAACAAACAAGAAUAAGAUGACGCUUUACAUUCGUCGUGAAUCUUCCAAGCUAUGGAAGAGAUUUUGCUCUGAGAUAACGACGGAGAUUGGUCUUCUUGCUCAGAACUGGAAGUAUCUUCUAGCUGGUCUCAUCUGUCAGUACAUUCAUGGUUUAGCUGCUAAAGGAGUCCAUUAUAUUCAUCGCCCAGGACCAACGCUUCAGGAUCUUGGGUUCUUUCUUCUUCCGGAGCUUGGUCAAGAGAGAAGCUACAUAAGCGAGACUGUGUUCACUAGUGUUUUUGUUUCGUUUUUCCUGUGGACUUUCCAUCCAUUCCUUCUGAAAACCAAAAAGAUAUACACCGUGUUGAUAUGGUGCAGAGUUCUUGCAUUCUUAGUUGCCUGCCAGUUUCUCCGUGUUAUAACUUUCUAUUCGACUCAGCUUCCUGGUCCUAACUAUCACUGUCGUGAGGGCUCUAAAGUUUCCACGUUGCCAUGGCCCAAAAGCGCUCUUGAGGUGCUCGAGAUUAACCCUCAUGGGGUGAUGUACGGAUGCGGAGACCUGAUUUUCUCAUCUCAUAUGAUAUUCACGCUAGUCUUUGUCCGCACUUACCAGAAAUACGGCACUAAAAGGUUCAUAAAGCUGUUUGGGUGGCUCAUUGCAAUCGUGCAGAGCCUCUUGAUCAUUGCAUCUCGUAAACAUUACAGUGUCGAUGUCGUUGUUGCAUGGUAUACUGUGAAUUUGGUGGUGUUCUGUAUAGACAAGAAGUUACCAGAGUUACCAGAUCGGACAGCUGUGUUGCUCCCAGUAAUCUCAAAAGAGAGAACCAAAGAAGAGAACCACAAGCUGUUGAAUGGGAACGGUGUUGAUCCUGCUGAUUGGCGGCCGAGGGCUCAGGUGAACGGGAAGAUUGACAGCAACGGCGUUCACACCGAUAACUCAAUGAAUGGCGCAUGAAGCUUGCACUGAACUUUGGAAAGACAUUGUGGUCUUUUGAUUUUCGAUGAUUUAUAGAAUAUGGAUCAUGUCCUGUGGGUGGGGUUAAAAUUUUGUUUUUUUUGUUGGUGUUGUUGUUGUUGUUGUUGUUUAAGAAAGAACAAUGGUAAUGGUGUUACCUGUUAUGAGCCGCAGCUUUUGCCUUCUUUCUA